GGCCUCUCGGCCCCUUCGCCUCAUGGCUGUUGUAGUUUUCUCAUUUAUUUUUCCCCCAGGAAGUGGCUGCGAGUUACAGAUAGGUCGGUAGCUGUUAGCACAGGUCAUAUUCUAAGUUUUAGCAUAUAAGCCGAGAGAGAGAGAGAGAGAGAGAGAGAGAGAGAGAGAGAGACCCUGCGAUGCUGUCUACGGUCCCUUUAAGGAGCACCUUCAUGCCCUUCCAAUUCAGAACCCCUGGAGCAGGGUUGCCCGGCUGCAGCUGGAGGCCAGGGUUCAUUGCUUUGUUGGAAGUGGAGUGUGGUGGGCCAGGAGGGAGGGGAUUAGGGCAGGUCCCAGUGGGAAUCCCCCUCACUCCCUCUGAGCCCUCUUUCUUUGCCUGCUUACUUCCCAGAGACCCAGAGAGUAGGUCCCCAGCUAAAAAGAGGGUCAGGUAUGUUUAGAAAUUGGCCUGAGAGGCAAGGUACGGAGGCGUGAAUGUGAAAAGCUUCUCUGCAGGCAGGAGGAGAGGAAUUUCCAGGAUUCCGGGCAGGAUGUCUCAGGAGAAUGACACAUGGACGAAAGAGUUGCUGGAGGAUGAGCUGACCGCCAUGAGGCUGCAGAAGCUGGAACAGCAGCGGCGGCUUUUUGAGAAGAAGCAACGGCGGAAGCGCCAAGAGCCCCUCAUGGUUCAGGCCAAUCCCGACGCUUCCCUGCGACCCCGGCCACCAUGGAGGCAGAAGGAGCGCCUCGCAGGGGACCGCGGUCUUGGGAACCCUUUCCUCCAGGAGAACAUGCCAGAGGCACAUCUGUGCUCUGGCCUCCACAGUGCCCUGGGCUUCACGAUCUGCGGUGGAGAUGGCAGCGGCGAGUGUGACCCACUGGUUUCGCCGACAAAAGCAGAUAGUUCCGAUCUGGAGUUGGAGGAAGUGUCCAUGGAGGAUAUUCCUGUUUCUCCACCUCCUUACAAAGAGCCUCCCGGGAUUCGACGCAGGGGUUGGCCAGCCCUCCAACGACCUGGUGACCUUGUCCCAAGUUCCUGGGACCCGGGUGUCCUGAGCCAGCCUUCUUCUGGCUUUUUCCACCCCUUAGGGGCCAGUGCACAGGAAGAGAGCAAAUUCCAGGAUGUUGGAGACGAAUAUGAGGGCAAGCACCCGGAAGAGAAGAAAGAGGAGUCGGAGUCUACAGUGAAUUCCUCAGGAGCGGCCGAAGAGGAGGUGUCGGAGGACCCGGAAGGCGAGAAAGACGCAGGCAGCAGUGAUGUAGGAAGCUGGUCCUGCUCGCCUCCCCGCGCCCCAGGCCCUCGACUGGGAGAAGACAUGGAAGCGUAUGUCCUGCGGCCAGCUCUGCGCGGCCGCAUAGUGCAGUGCCGCAUCAGCCGCGACAAGCGCGGCGUAGACAAGGGCAUGUUCCCUUUCUACCAUCUCUACCUGGAGGCGGCCGACGGGCGGAAGCACUUCCUCCUGGCUGGACGCAAGAGAAAAAGGAGCAAAACCUCUAAUUACCUCAUUUCCCUGGACCCCAUAGACCUGUCUCGGGAUGGGGACAACUUUGUGGGCAAAGUCAGAUCUAAUGUCCUGGGCACCAAGUUCACCAUCUUUGACAAUGGAGUGAACCCUGAAAGGAAGAAUUUUGUCCAGGAGACCACUCGGAUCAGAGAGGAGCUGGGGGCUGUGUGCUAUGAGACCAACGUCUUGGGAUUCCGAGGGCCCCGGAAAAUGACUGUGAUCAUUCCGGGAAUCGAUGACCAGAACCAGAGACUCCGCGUCCAGCCACAAACCGAGCAGGAGUCACUACUGUGUCGCCUCCAACGGGGAGCUAGCCAGGGACUGGUCCUGCUACAAAACAAAGCCCCGUGGUGGAGCUACAGGAGCAGCGCCUACGUACUCAAUUUUCACGGUCGAGUCACUCAGGCCUCGGUCAAGAACUUCCAGAUCGUGCAUCCGGAUGACCCCGAUGCCCUCGUGCUCCAGUUCGGCCGCGUGGCCCCAGACAUGUUCACCAUGGACUUCUGCUUCCCGCUUUGCCCCCUCCAAGCCUUUGCCAUCUGCUUGUCCAGUUUCGAUGGAAAGCUGGCGUGUGAGUAGUCCAAUGAAAUACCAUACCCUCGUCA